GUCAGUAGUAGCGGUACUUACAUGACCUUCGUCGCACUCAACGCUUGUGACUGGAUAGGUUAUGAAUAGUGUUUGGAUUGCGAAGGAGUCUCCAAGUAUUAUAUGGUUAUUCUUCAUUUUAAUACUAUAGUGACCUUUCUUCUCGAAAUCCUCUUAAAUUUUAAAGGUACUUCGCCGUAAAAUCUAUAGUGGUCUAAAUUAUACCCAAUUAACCAAUAAAGGGGAAAUAAAGGCGAAUAAAGGGGAAAAUUCUUUCGUAAACCAAGGGGAAGGCGCACCGAACUGUCACCUUUUUCGUCUGUCCGGGGGAAAUAAUGUGGAUUUCCCCCUUUUUGUCGCUAAAUUGUCUACUUUUCGCCUAAAUAUCCGCUGAAUUGUCUACUUUCCCCCUAAAUAUCCGCCAAAUUAUCUACUUUUCGCCUAAAUACAGACAGAAUUGCGUUUUCGAUCCAACUUUUAAAACAUCAUUGGCAUAAUCCCAAAGGUCUCCUAUGUUCGCCUCUAUUUCCACAACAAACCACAUUAAAACUGCAAUCCAUGGGAAAAACGGUAUACAUUUAAAUAAUUUUAUUUAAAAGGAAAAGCGUACUAUUGUACAACAUUAUAGCAGAGGCUUGAGCAUCAAUCGUUUUGCAUUUCCAUUGUAAUUGACAAUUCAUUGUUAUUUGAAAAGAUCUCCCAAUGAAGAAACGGGUGAUGUAUUAUUCAUAACACAUGUGCAUUUAAUCGCAAGUUCACUGACAAUCAAACACAUUUUCUCAACACUUCAAUAGUUUCCCAUGUAAGUAAUAAAGUAAGCUCUUUUACAAAAUAAUGUUUAUUAAGAAUUAAGUACAACAUACAAAAACAUUGCACGGACUACUUCCUUUAGCCACGUAUGUUACGUACUUUACGCAUAAUUGUCGACAAAUAUCCCCUAAACACACGAUGUAAAGGCAAAAAAGCGACACUUUCCCUUUAUUUACGCUUUCGUCCCCUUUAUUUCCCGUUUAUUGGUUGAUUGGGCAGCCAUAGUCAUCAUAUGCCUAUAUCUAUCUAUUGACCAUCGUGAAAUCUAAUGGUAGCAAUAUACGACAACAUGUACUUCAGAGCAAAUAUGUUCUAACUAUGAAUUUUAGUAGUUCAGACACUUGAGUUUCAGCCAUUAGGUUUAUAGUUCGAUCAUGCUCCGCCUACUUUGAUUUACCCAACAGGGUCACUAUAUAAACCUGUACUUGGUUAGUGAGUUACACUUGUCACUACUAAGGAACUGCAUAUCCCAAAGUGAUUCCGAAAUAAACAACACAGAGUUCCUGUUGCUUUUAGUCCACUUUCCCGGUCGCUUCAUUAUUACCUAUAAGGGUAAAAAUUUUAUGACUUACUCGUUUCAAAUAUCUUUUUACAUAAGCUCGGUGAAAGUAAUUUUAAUAUUAGUGGUAUCACCAAUCAUUCCCAUUAAUUUUUCAAACCGCUUUGUAGUUAUCCGAAGUUCAUGUUUCAUUCCUGAAAAACGUGCCUCUUCAGAUCUGAAUACAUAUUUAGCGCAUUAGUUAGCAUUUUGUACAGUCCUUGCUGUCCCUAUGCUUACAACAUGUGAUACGUCCCUCUCAAGAAGACUGAGCCAAUUAGUAAUCACAAUUAAAUGUGCUACAUUUUCUUCGUCGUGUAAAAGCUUAUUUAGCAAAAGCGGUGAUUUGUUUGCAGACUUAUUGGUUGAUAAUACUUUUGUUUACAAAACCAAAGUCUGCCGUAAGACAUGGAAUCCUACAUGGAAUGAGUCGAUCUCAGUUAUUGCAUCUCCAAAGAGCAUCAUCCAAAUAAAAGUCUUUAAUCAUUUCAAAUUGGGACCUGAUGUAUUAAUUGCUGUUGCGGCCAUCAAUCUCUCCUCUAUACUCAUUGAGCAUAACGGUGUUCUUUCUAAAUGCGAACUGAGGUUAUCUUUAUUCCAAGGAUGUGAUUAUAAAGGAUCAGUAUUUGUGAUGCUGGAUAAGCUUAACGUGUGUGUACAAAAUCUGGAAAACGGAAAUAAUAUGCUUAACAAUUUAUCACAAGUCCCCUCUAGUUCGAACGGAUUAGACCCUACACCUAUUCAGCACCAAAGAUCUCAUCAUCAGUUAGUAAAUGGCUAUACCACUGUGAUUACAACUGACAGUAUUCAACCUCCGAACGGAUCUAAUUCACACACGGAACUUAACAUCUCUAGUGCACCUAGAGUGCCAGCAAAUCAACAUGAUAGGGAUUUUUGGUCAGCUUUGAUAGGAUCUCUAUUUGGAUCCCAUAAAUUUUCAUCUACAAAGAAUACUUUAGCAACUGUUGACUCAACUUCUAGAGGUCAAGAUGCAGAAUUACCUGACAGGCAACGCCCUUUAAAUGAUUGGACUGAAGUCGAUGGUUUCUGGGAGCCUAACAACCUACCUGCUUCCUCUUCAUUGUCAAAUUCUAAUGUUAAUUCCCAAAAUACUCAAAUCGAUGUGUCAUUACCACCAGGUUGGGAAAGACGUUUUGACAAGUCAACUCAGAAAUACUAUUUUAUCAACCAUAAAUGUAAAAUCACUCAAUGGGAGGAUCCACGUGAACGUGGAAUGGAUGAAACCCAACCUCUCCCGCCUGGAUGGGAGAAACGUUAUACUGCCCAAGGACAAAGGUUUUUCAUUGAUCAUAAUACCCAUACUACUACCCUUGUUGAUCCACGUACUGGACAACAUGCUGGUUCAUUAGGUAGUAUGGGAGUCCCAUUGCAAUAUGAAAGGAAUUUUCGAUCCAAAGUGAAUUACUUUCGUGCUUGUUGUACAAAUGCCAUGUUAAAUGGGCAGACUAAACUUCUUAUAUCAAGAGACAAUUUAUUAGAGGACUCGUUCCAACUGGUAUCCCAAAUGUCUUCAUCUGGUUUAAGAAGACGUUUAUCUAUAACGUUUCUACAUGAAGAAGGUUUGGAUUACGGUGGAGUAGCCAGAGAAUGGUUCUAUCGUCUUUCAAGAGAAAUUUUAAACCCAAUGUUUGGCUUGUUUGAGUAUACUGGAACAGAUUAUGCCUUACAAGUAAAUCCAGCCUCUCAUGUAAAUCCAAAUCAUAUGGCGUAUUUUCGAUUCGUUGGACGCUUUAUUGGUAUGGCACUUUUUCAUGGUCGCUGUAUUGAUGGCGGACUUACUCUUGCUUUUUAUAAACAAAUUUUGAAGAGGAAAUUAACAUUAGAAGACCUUGGCCAUACGGAUCACAGUUAUUAUCAAUCGUUAAUUUAUGUCAGAGAUAAUCCAGUUGAUGAGUGUGAUUUGGACUUGUACUUUGUUGGAACCUAUGAUCUUUUGGGCGCUUUGCGUGAAGACGAACUUAUUGAAGGUGGCAAAGAUAUUAAAGUGACUGAAGAAAAUAAAUCCGAUUAUAUCAGACUGAUGGUUGAUUGGCGAUUCAACAGAGGAGUAAAAAAACAAACAGAAGAAAUUCACAAAGGUAUUUUUGAAGUACUAAAUCCCGAGUGGCUGGAAUUAUUCGAUGAGCGUGAACUUGAACUCCUAUUAUCCGGUAUGCCAGAGAUUGAUGUUGACGAUUGGGAAAAGAAUACGGUCUACAUAAAGUACACACGAUCAAGUAAACAGAUCAUUUGGUUUUGGAAGUUGAUUCGAAAACUUGAUAAUGAACAUCGUGCUCGUCUUCUACAAUUCGUCACAGGUACCUGUCAUUUACCAUUAGGAGGCUUCUCUGAAUUAACUGGCAGUGGUGGUCGUCAAUUAUUUUGUAUAGAGCGUACAGGCGAUGAACAAUGGUUACCACGUAGUCACACAUGCUUCAACCGGUUAGAUUUACCACCAUACAAUUCGUACGAUCAAUUAUACGAAAAACUGCAAAUGGCAAUUGAAGAAACUAAGGGAUUCGGGCAAGAAUAAAUCUAACCUUCUCUAUGACUUACCCUUAAAAACACUUAAAUUAUGAUGUUAUUUUUUAUUGUGUAUAUUCCAGUAACCAUCUAUCACAGUAGUGAUUGAUGAGAAACGUUUUGUGGAGGUUUGUGUAGGCGGUGAAGUGGUAAAAUCAGUGAUAUACUAUGUUUUGAAUAAACUGUGAUCUAUUACCAAUUAGUAAUCUUUUUUAGUAUGUAAUUUACAUUUUCUCUUUCCGAUUACCAUUAUUAUUAUUAUUAUUAUUAUUAUUAUUAUUAUUAUUAUUAUUGUCUCUGGGUAAUGAAAAUUAUUUUAUUAAAUAUUUUUUUCU